CCUUUGUUACUCGUUUCCAGUCGGACCAUAUCCGAUGAAACACAAGAGCCAGCAGCAGGAAAUUUGAGCGUUCAUGCUGCAAGUUUUGUUGCUUUUUUCCCCCUCUUUAUCCUCGUCGAUUUGCGGUUACAGAGGAAAGAAAUGGAUGACCAAAGCUGUCCGAGAUGCAAAACAACAAAAUACAGAAACCCUUCCCUCAAGCUGAUGGUGAACGUGUGUGGACACACACUAUGCGAGAGCUGCGUGGAGAUGCUGUUUGUCCGUGGGUCCAGCAACUGCGUGCAGUGCGACACGCCCCUGAGGAAGAGCAACUUCCGCGUGCAGCUCUUUGAGGACCCCACCGUUGACAAGGAGGUGGAGAUCCGCAAGAAGGUGCUGAAGAUUUACAACAGGAGGGAUUGUGACUUUCCCAGCCUGAGAGAAUAUAACGACUACUUGGAGCAAAUGGAGGACAUCGUGUUUAACCUUACAAACAAUGUUGAUGUGGAGGACACCAAACUGAGGAUGGAGCAGUACCAGCGGGAGAACAGAGAGAUAAUCCAGAAGAAUAAAGCGAAGCUUACUCGAGAGCAGGAGGACCUGGAGGAGCUGCUCCUGCUGGAGCAGCAGGGCAAUGAACAGCGGAGACUGGAUGUGCUACAGGAGGAGCAAAGGCAGCUCCUGGCCAAAAAGAAGAACAAGCAGGCUCUCCUGGAUGAACUGGAAACGUCUCAGCUCCCUGCCUCCCUCUUGCUUGCCCAACACAAAGCCCGUGUUUCCCAGCUGGAAACAGAGAUCGAACAGCAGAAACAUGUGGUCAAAGCCACCAAUCAGUUUUCAACGGGAAUUCAGAUGCGUCAGACUGUAUCUCUACAAGCUGUACCCAAGUUAGAAGAAGCCCUUUACCACUACAGGCCACUUCAGAUUGAAACCUUUGGACCACCGGUGCCAGAACUGGAGCAGCUGGGAAGACUCGGGCCUUUGCUGCAGCCUCUUUCAGCUCUGGAUGUUUCUCCCUGGAGCCUCCUCUUCAAGAGGUAAAAUGCAUGCUCUAUUGAGUUAAGGUCUGGUGAUUGACUUGGCCAGUCUAAGACCUUCCACUUCCCCCCCCCCCCGAUGAAGUCCUUUGUUGUGUUGGCAGUGUGUUUUGGGUCAUUGUCUUGUCUUGUCUUGAAGCUUCUCCUGAUUAGUUUGGAUGCAUUUUUCUGUAAAUUGCCAGACAAAAUGUUUUUGUAGACUUCAGAAUUCAUUCUGAUGCUUCCAUCAUGAGUUACAUCAUCAAUAAAGACGAGUGAGCCCGUUCCUGAAGCAGCCAUGCAAGCCAAGGCGAUGACAUUACCUCGACCAUGCUUCACAGAUGAGCUUGUGUGUUUUGGAUCAUAAGCAGAUCCUUUCUUUCUCUAUACUUUGGCCUUUCCAUCACUUUGAUAGAGGUUAAUCUUGGUCUCAUUCAUCCAUAAAACUUUGUUCCAAAACGUUCGUGGCCGCUCUCUGUACUUCUUUGCAAAAUCCAAUCUGGCCUUCCGAUCUUUUUGCUGAUGAGUGGUUUACAUCUUGUGGUAUGACCUCUAUAUUUUUUGACUCGAAGUCUUCUUCGAACAGUGGAUUGUGAUACCUUCACCCCUGCCCUGUGGAGGUUUCCAGUGAUGUCACUGACUGUUGUCUUUGGGUGUUUCUUCACAGCUGUCACAAUGUUUCUGUCAUCAACUGCUGUUGAUACCCUUGGCCGACCUGUUCGAUGUCUGUUGCGCAGUACACCAGUAGUCUCUUUCUUUUUCAGGACAUUACAAAUUGUUGUAUUGGCUAUGCCCAAUGUUUGUGCAAUAGCUCUGAUCGAUUUUCCCUCUUCUCUCAGCUUCAAAAUGGUUUGCUUUUCUCCCAUAGACAGCUGUCUGGUCUUCAUGUUUUCUUAACGACAAAUGCAGUUUUCACAGGUGAAAUCCAAAGCCAAAAACAAUCACUAUCUAAUGUUUAAGCAAUUAAUCUAAAAGGCAACACAUGAGCAACUAGAAACACCCAUCAGUCACAUGUUCCAAUACUUUUGCUCACUUGAAAAGUGGGUGGGUUCAAACAAAAGGUUGCUCUGUCCUGAGUUGUUUAACACAUCUAGAUGUAAAUACCAUAAAAUAAAAGCUGUAAUUCUGAAUUUAUAUCUCACAUUCAUCUUUUGAUCUGAAACCCGAAUGUCUUCAGUAUACAACAAAAACAAAGGAACUGAUCUUGCAGUUCCAGUACUUUUGGAGGGGACUGCAUUCUCAGUGAUAAAUUCAGUCAAUUGAUCGUCUAAUAUGCCAUUGUUUCCUACAGGCCUGGAAUCUAUUUGCGAUGGUGGGCACCUGUAGCCUGGCCUGGUUGGUGGGCUGGAUUUGAAUAGAAUACUGUAAUUUUCUUUUAAUGCUGCUAAUAAUGAAAUACAUUUAACAACAAUAAAUUGUUAUUUAAACAAACACCGAAUAAAAUAAGACGUUAAAUAAAAAAUUACAAUCACUAAUGUAAAUAACUACAAAUAAAUUAAUGUAAACUGUAAUGUAAAGGGAAUUUCAAUAAAAAUAUGAUUGCUUACUUAAAGAAGAAAUACGGUUGAGUGUUGCAUUUUCUUGCAGAGUUUGCACUCUUCACUGGAGCACUGAAAUGUUGCAUAGGUUCCUAAAAAAAUAUUGCAAAGCAUUUCUAAAUUUAAGUCCACAGGCUCGUGCCCAUUAGCAGAUAUUUUGCAGCAGGCGGCCAGGUGAUCUCUUUGUAAGCGAUUGCGAAGUUCUGUUUUCACCUAAGGAUUAAUUCAAAAGAAAACUGUCAAAACUGCACCCAUAGAAACAUGUUUGAAAGGUUGUUUUGCUCAUUAAAAUGAUGCUCUUAUCCUAGUCAUUGUUGAAAAGUGAGUGUGAGAGAUGCUUGAUCCUUGUGGGGAUAUGCUGGCCGUUCCAAGUCGUCUUUUCUGUAAACUUCUGCUCCAAACUCAACAAAGCCCCCCUUCCUGGGCCUUUCUUAGCUGUAGGCUUGUGCAUUUUUCACAGUCGGCAAAACAUCCCUAAAAUGUAGCGCAAUAAUCAAAUUCCAAAAUUACCCCCCCGCCCCCCAAAAUAAAAAUCGUUAUUAAUAACUUAAGAUAAAAUGCAGCUACUAAAUUUACUGUACUGUGUCACAUGACUUAAAACUGAGGCAUUUUGAGCCACUCUGGGUCAAAUGCAGUAGUUGUGGGUUUAUUGUUUGGUGCAGUCAUAAGAGAAAAUAAAUUAUGACCAACCUUGUAAAGUGCUGAGUCUCACCUGUUGCUUCUGAACUAGUUGACAAUACAGCAUGUUGGCAUGUCUCCUCAGGAUGAGGCUUUUUCAUGAUUCACUUGAAAUAAUCUUCAAUAUUCACCUGUGUGAGUGAGACGUCAUUCGCGUCAACGAACAUGCAGAACCGCUCCAUGCAAUGCAGAUAAUCGCGCGAGUUACUACUGUCUCGGCAGUAAUUUCAUGAAAUUUAAUUCCUAGCCACGUUAAAAAAAAAUCUAUUAGUGGCAGCCAAAAUUCACCUGUGGUGGCCCGACACAAAUAAAUGUAUAAGUGCCCUUUGAGUUUAGCAGAUGAUUAGUGUGGGAACUCAGUUUAAAACAUUUAUUUCUUCACAGUAUUCAGAUUUUUUGGAAUUCCUGAUUUUGUGAGUUUUAUGAGCUGGAAGCCCAAAUUAUGUAAAAAAAAAUAAACAAAUAAAUAAUUGAAAUUGUUUAAAUUGUGGGCCCUGAAUCAAUAAUCUAUGAAAGUUAAAUGGAUGAAAGUUCUAUGAAAGUUUAAUGGAAUUAUGGAAAUAAAUAAACUUUUCCAUGAUAUUCAAUUUUUUGGGGGGAAGGCUCUGUAUGUGGGAAACCCUGUGUGCUGAGUCACUGAUGCUGUUUGGCAGGGGUGUCAAACUCAUUUUUGUUGCAGGCUACAUUGUUUAUAUGGGUGGUCAUUUUGACUGUGAAACCUUAUACGUAAAUGUUUAAUCGCCUCAUCAUACUACUACAAAUUGAUGGAUAACUAGUUUUGAAAUCAGACGUCAAUGAUAAUAAUUUAACCAUUGUUCAAGUUACUGUAAAAAGGGAUUUGGUAACAAAAAAAUGCUUGCAGUAUGACAAUUUGAAAUUUUGGUACAGAUUUGAGCAAGAAUCAUGGAAGUUGAUGCGCAUGCUUUGCUUUCACGGGCUACAUAAAAUGAUGUGCCGGCCAAGAUUUGGCUCCUGGGCCUUGAAUUUGACACCUGUGCUGUAGGGGUUCACUCACCUGACUUGCGCGCAGAUUCGGGUCCCACUCACUGACCGUGUGAAUGUGAUUAUGAAUGGUUGUCUGUCUCUGUGCACCCUUUAAUUGACUGGCAACAAGUCCAGGGUGUAGUGUGCCUUUUGCUUGAUCCCCACAACACUGAACAGGAUAAGCAGUACAAAAUGGUUGACUGGAUGGGUUAAUAGGGUUAAUAUGACCAUCCGUAAUGAAAAUAGCAUAGGAGUAAUUCAAUUGCAAAAUGAAUGUGUGUAUGCUGUACAGGAUACACGUUUUCAGAAGAAGUUGGCUAAAAACUUGUCAUAGUUUUUAUAAGCAUGCUGUUUUUAAAACAAUCACAUCAGUGUGUGACUGUGUUCCUUUGACUUCACUUGUCCUUUCUCUGCUGUGUAGGGCAGCUGCGACCUCUGCCCCAGUUUACCAAGUGAAUGCCUAUAUUUUAUUGGGCUCUAUUAGGCCCCAUUCUGACGAGCAACAAAUGACCACACGUGAUGUGACAAGGAAAACUGAUUCAAGCAUUUUGGUUGGUCUACAUUGCCUGCUGGCUAGAAUGUUUGUUUAGUGGUGAAGUUUGAAUGAUAGAUUGUCUGCGUGGUUUAGUACAUGAGGGGAAAAAAAUGUAAAUGUUUUCAUUUUUUUAUUUUUUUUAAUUUUUUUUUAAAAAGCACUUUAGGUCAUAAGAGAGAGAUCAGUGUGGUUUUCCUAGUAUCUAGCCUACCUAAGUGGUCAGUGACCCACCCCUUUUAUUUAUUUAUUUUUUACAUACAUAUAAGAACGUCACUGUUAUGACCAUACAUACGUUCAUGCUCACACAAGUAAAGGAUAAAUCACUUGUACACACAUAGACUAGCAAUGUUUAACGUGUUUAAAGGACGUCCACUCCCUGCUCUAGUUGUGAGCCAGGGGUUAAUGGGUCUCUGCGUGAUACUCAACUCCUACUUGUGUUCUUUAGCUUAAGCAGCCCCAACGAUGUCUGUGUGUUUACGUGAUACGCAAGUGCACAUUUGUUAAUAUUGGGAGGGAGUAGUCCAGAAUGUUGCCAUCAGAGCCCUCAAUUCCUGGCAGAUAGCUUGUCAGGCAUCAUGGAUUUGGAUCUUGGAGUUAGCAUGAGCACUACAAGCCAUCCAUAAGGGACUUUUGUGGCUUUAUGAUUUUCUGUUUUCCUUCCUCUGGGUCUCUCCUCUCACUCUUGAACAGAAGUCCAAGUCAGCCAUGAUGUUUGUCUUUUGCCAUCAAAAUGCAAAGGAAUUUCUGAAAUCAGACAUGAAUGGCUUCCCCAUGUAUCCCACAUUCUCUGAUCUCCGCUGGGUGCGCAUCCAUGUGAUGUGCCUGAUGAAGCUGGAGGGGAUAAUGUGAUUGGGAAAGGUGUGGGGAGGUCAAGGGUCGCUGACAGUCGUGGACCUGAGGUGCAGCGCUCUGGACGUGAGGGUGCUGAGACUGACAGGACCAGAGUGAUGGCACCUUGGAGAGACUGUGUGCCUCACCCAGUCACGCUCUCUCGCACAAACACAGCUUUGAUGCUUAAGUUAUGAGCAGAAGGCUACGGCGCCGGUUUGGAUGACCUCACUUGAACUCCCUCAAGAGCAGCCAUCUUUGAUCUACUUUUACUAUAAUUUAAAGGCUCAUAUUUUAUACUCAUUGGGCCAAUAAAAAUAGUCAGCAUUGUUGCCAGAACAACUAUUUAUGGGAAAUUGUUUUGUUUGGUUCUUGCCUAACAAAGGGGCUUUUCCCCUCAAAUACUGUCAGACUUAAAGUUGAACUCGGUUGCUCUGAUAUCUGAUAUCUCCUCCACUGUCAGUACACGUGCUGGUUUCUUGCGUUGCAAGAUCCAGCAAUCAUUGAAUCGCUUCUAUCUCGAAACCUGGCUUUGCUCUCACAGAGGUCACAGAUUUCAAUUUGCAUAGCCAAAAGAGAUCACAGGCGCUGUCAAACAAGAGGCUGGAUUGCAGCCAUUUGACUUGCAAAGCCAUCCGUGUCAACGGAGCACCAGUGUCUUACCGCACAUCACAUGGCUUCAGCCGAGCUACAAUUCUCAGCCUUUGUAGUCCUGUAGGUGUGGACAUUUCUCGUGACUAACCAGAUCAAAAACAAUAUGGAGUGCAGCCAUCGUCGAAUUGUACACCCGCCCCCACCCAGGCCAUUAUCCUGUCUGUCUCAGUAAACAGACCAUUAACAGACAGCGCCAGUAGAGGCCACAUCACUAUUGUUUCCCUCCCAUAGAUCUGUGCAAAUAUUGAUCCUCUUGAAGUACCAGUCUAAAUAAGUGUGCGGGGCAGUUGAGAAGCCUUUUUACUUGUGUGUGUGUGUGAGUCAUUUCUGAAUAGUAGCAAGUAUGACACAAGUGACAAGGAUACAUUUCUGAUCUAUCUACAACAGCACCACUUUGAAUGUUGUUGUUUUUCCCUCUGCGGGCUACACGCCAGACGGACUAGCAGUCUCCCUCUGAGAUGAAGCCAGCCAAUUCAAGCCAUUUCCAGCAUAAAGGGAACUCCAGGUUUAUUGGCGUCUUAAGAGUCAAUGCAAGCAAGGCCAGUACCCAGCAGAGGUGAUGUCUCAUGACUAUUUGGAAACACAAUGAUAUUUGUGGAGGUUCGUGAAAGCAGCUGCUCACUCGAAGGUCGCUUGCUUUUGACUUCCAGUUAGGCUAUCCAAAUAAUUAAUGAGCACGCACACUCAACAUAACUCUCCCCUGCUCUUCACCCUCGUAACGUAACGUAAUUCUGUAACGUAGAGCUUACCACACGCACCUAGAGGCAGGAAGUGCGCACACCACCUGUAUGAUGUAUGCAUUUUGAGGCCCUUGUUUCUUGUAAUUUUUGCCUCCACUCUUUCUUCUCGUUUUAUUGAAAUCCACCUUGCCUAACCCCCCC